AUGUUUGUGCAACGACUACUCCGACUCCUCCUGCUGGUGACACCUCUUGUGUCUGCGCAGCUGUCGUUGGUAUGCUCCGGAAUCUCAGAGACCAUCCCUGGUCGUGUCAGUCUUUACUUCGGCUCGCGAUCGCCGGCCUCAGCCAUACCCACGGACGUCACGGGCCAUGUGAAGAUUCGUAGCGCUGGAGGCCUCGUGACGACGAAGAACUUCGCGGUCAGCUGUCCACUGGCGCAGCCCCUCGACCCGUCGCAGACCACUUCAAAGCAGUGGGCCGAUGCGAUCGUCCAAGCCUGUAGCUUCUUUCCUGGGCCGGAGGGGCGGAUGAUCGGCGAUGUCUUUUCGAAGAUCACCUGCUACAAGCGCGCUCCUUCGAUGGGCCCUCUGGAUGCGGACACCGGCGGCAUUUUUCACGUGGCCGCCGUGGGCGAAACCAACGACGCAGCGACCGACCUAGUGCCAUCGACUGCGCCAGGCCUUGUCCAGUCCUUCUGGGUGGUGCCUAUCGACGAUAUCCCACCGGGGUGGUGGGGCGUGACGCAAGAGCUGGACGCUCCCGAGCCGCUCCAACCAUGUCCGGACCUGGUGACCAUCACCAAGUCGAACACCAGGCGGACAAUAACGUCGCGAGAGAUGUACCCCUGCUCCGUGGGCUUUUCCGGGCGCUGGUACUGGUUUCACAUCGCUCCGGCCGGCGGGAUUCCAAGGCAAGGCUGUGUUUCUCCGCCGAGCAAAAACGUGGGAAGUUCCAACAUCCUUUCCGACGAUGUUCAAGCAUUCUGUUCUAACGUGCCUGAUGGUUUCAUGUGCCCUGUCACCUGCAACAAGAACCGGGCACCGAUUGGAGAGGUCCAUUGCGAGGACGGUGUUUGGUCUCGUACUUUGAGAUGUCGGCCGUUUUCCAAGGUGUGCCUGUCAGGCGUGGCGCAGCUUCGUGUCACAGCCAAUGACAUCAGUUAUUUUCUGAAAGGAGUCGUUCCUGAUGGGCGAUCUGAAUGCGAUCUGUUCAGCCGCAAGGGUAAGAAGUGUGGAGCAGUCUGCAACGAACAAGGUGAGUUCGGCUGCGGACAAAUCAAAUGCGUUCGCAGCAACCGUCGACGAGUUGGUGCUCCGACCGGUCUGUGGCAGGCGGCUAACAAUCGCUUCGAUUGUAAGAACCCGACCACCGACGCUCUGGUGAAUCGCCCAACGAUUGUCAAGCUGGAGCCCGACGGCGAGAACAUCAAAAUCACUGCCGACAUUGUGAAAGAUCCUGAAAAGGUCAUCUCCCCCAUCAGCACGUUCCUCUUCCGCGAGACCACCGGUGUGAUGACAUGCACCGCGCCAGAGCAGAAUGCCAUGGAGCUGAGUAGGAACAACCAGGACGACGAAGCUGAUGACCCUGAAGAGGCGGAUGACGAUGAGGACGAUGACGAGGCCGAUGACGUGCGUCGCUUGUCUCUCGUCCCUGAGCAAGAUGAGGAGUGGUCAAGCAAGUUGCAUGGCUUGUCAUGGAACCGUCGCCUGCAGACGGCGGAUGUGGAUUCCUGCAACGAUGAUGCGGACUUUACCAAGCGGAACAAUCAGUGUUUCCCUGACGGCAACGACGGCAACAAGUGCAACUCUUGUUCUGCUCUAGACCUGGCCAACUCUGCGGACACGACCUGUUGGGCCAAGAGCCGCCGCAGCCGAGAAUGCGCCGCUGAUCCUCGCAGCGGGGAUUUCCUGAGCUGUCAGUUCGAGGGCCAGUUCAAUGGCCAGGCACAGGCCUGCUAUGCGAAGCCUCCGGAGGGGUUCUGCGUGAAGAAGGUCUGCGCCAUGCAGGGCGGGUCGAAGUUUUGCAGGACUUUCGAUCCGCCAACCUCGGGCCAAUUCUGCGUCGGCGAUUCGAACGCAGACCCGAUCGAUCACGUCGUCGUGCGCUACACAUGUUGCAACCCGAAUUUGCUCACCUUCACCGGGAGCUGUGGCGGGGGAAACCCAGAUGACAUCCCAAAGUACGAGGUCAUGGCUGGUGCCAGGAACGAUGCUGGAACCUCCUGGUCUCUGCCUGUGAGCCUGACCUGCGCACCGCUGAGCGCCCGGAGGCAGCUGAACAGGGAGAAGUACGAGAUCCCCGAGACGUGCUCGGCGCUGCUGCCCGGGGAGUCCUGUGAGGUGGGUUGCACCUCCAACUACAUCCUUCAGAGGAGAAAUGGCCGGGGCACUUUCACUUGCCAACUGGGAAUGAACAGGCAGCCAGCAGGCAGCUUUCCCAGGUGCAGAGCGAAGCCGACUGGCAAGAACGUGUGCGAGGGACAGGCGCAUACUUCCACGACGACAACGACAACCGGGCUGCCUGCUGAUUGCGAGCUUUGCGCGCAGAUUGGUAAUUACAAAGACAGCCGCUUCGAGCAGUGUCGCUUCUGGGGUGACCCUCAUAUCACGAAGAGCUGGCGCCCGAAGAACCGUUUCAACUUCCAAGACACCGGCAUCCACCGCUACGCCCGCGCCGCGCGCUGCGCCGGCAGCUUCGAGCUCCACGUCUUCCAAUGUCAGUACAGCCGUGGACGGAACUCGGUGGCAACAGCGCUGGCAGCUCGGAUCAACGGAAACGCCACCAUCUUCAUCAACGAUCGAACAGUUGAGACGACUGGCGGAGUCUUUGUGGAGCCUGAUUCGGGUGCCAUCACAAACGACAAGAAGGGCGUCAACAUUCAGAGUGACGAUGAGUGCGUGUUCUUCAAUGUCAACGUUAAGCACGUCAACAAGAAUCCAGGCUUCAUGCACAACAUGAAGCUGCACAUGUUUGGGGAGGACAUCACCCAUGAUGGAAUCUGCGGUGCUGCAGACCUGAAGACCCAGUACAUCGACCCUGCAUCGACGGACAUGAUCUUCACUCCACAGCAGCAUCAGGACUUGUGCAACCAGUGCGUGUACGCAGGUGGCGAUCCGCCAAGAGGCUGCCCAGACCCGACGUCCAUACCGAAGACCUACAGCACAGGCACCCAUUGCUUGCAGUCCCUUGAGGUCGCACCAGAAGGUGGGCAUCAGGUCACCCUCGUCGCGGCGUUUGUUCGGGACCUGCUGAAGUCCCCACUCGGGGGGGUCAUCUUCAGCCAGCUGGAGAUGCAAGAUGCCAUCAGGCGCUUGCAGGAUGACAUGCGCAAGAUCCUUCGGGAGCCGCUCGCCACCCAUCAGGGUGCCUCUUUCCUUAGCGUCAACCCGGUCCCCAUCGAAGCGGCGGCGUACGGAGCCUGUUGGCCAUGGGCCAACAGCUUCUACGUCAUCACCAAGUCCCACACCUCGAUGAUGGGAGCGCUCAUGAAUUUGCUGCUGAAGCCUUCCAGGGAGGAAUGA